AUGUCGUUACUAGGUCCAAAAAGAUUAUUUAAAAUAUCUUUAAAUUUAGUUAGAAGUGUUCACAAUCGAUGUAGGAUCGGGAACAGAGACUGGGUCGGUUAUGGCGUCAACGGAAUGGCCAAUUACAAGGACGAAGCGCAAUUUCCCUUUCCAGCUGUGAGAUUCAAAGAAAACACCAAAGAUAUCUGGGCCUUGCGCGAGAAAGAGAAGGGAGAUUGGAAACUCCUCUGCUGCGAAGAGAAGAAAGCGUUAUAUCGUGCUUCUUUCUGUCAGACCUUCGCCGAAUUUCAGCACUAUACAGGACAAUGGAAACUCAUCCUGGGAUAUUUGCUUAUCGCUCUGUCUUUUCCCUUUUGGGCAAUGAUAUUCAACCACUAUUAUGUAUAUGAACCUCUUCCCGAAUCGCUGUCCAAAGAGUCACAAAAGGCUCAAUUGAGGAGGAUGCUGGAGUUACGCGUCAACCCAAUAGACGGAUUAUCGUCUAAAUGGGACUAUGAUAACGACCGAUGGAAGGUAGACUACUUUUAUUUUGCUCUAGAUCCGUCUAGAAAACUUCGCAACCGUCACCAGAGAAGUCACGGUUAG